AGCCAUCCUGCUCGGCAGGGCCGGCUCGGAGUGCUGGAGGCUGGCGUCCCCCCCCAGCCGAAGCACGGGCCGCCUCGCCCCAGUCGGCUGCGCGCAAGUCACUCGCUCGCCUGGGGCCCGCUCGCUGCGCGGGGCCGGCCCCGGCCGGGCAUGAUCGCGGCCGGGGCGCGCGUGCGCCUGCGAGGGCUGCAGGCCAACCGGAGCUCAACGGGAAGGAGGCCACGUGCAGAGACUUCAACGCCGACUCCGGCCGCUGGACCGUCCGGCUGGACAGCGGGGAGGACGUCGCCCUCAAGGUGGCGAACAUGGAGCCCUGCAGGACGCGAAGACGUUCGUGCCCAGAGACACCACCCGCAUCGACCUGAACAAGCUGAGCAGCAAGAAGGGCGGCAGCCUGGAGGGGCGCGCGGGCGCGGCGGAGCGCUGAGGCCGUCGCGCUCCCCGGACGGGAGGCUCACAGAUCCCGCCUGGCCCUGCGCUUGCCUGCCUACUCUUAACCUACUCCUCGGAGCCAUUGGGGGGUCGUCUCGCCGCCGCGGCUGGGGGCUCCGGGAAGCCCCCGGGGGCGCUCCGAGGGGCGAUCGAUCAUCGUUGAGCUCGCCUGGUGCGGAAGGGCACUCUUCACCGUGUGUGUGCUGCGUCGGCCUCGGAGUCAGCUGCACCGCGAGGCGUGGGCCCGAGGGUCGAUCUUGCCGUCCCGCCGGCUCGCGCGUGGGCUUGUCUGGAGCACCUGUCCUGUCACACGAAAGUCAUCGUUUGGGGAAGGGCACUUCUUCCAUUGACGUCGUCGCCGAUGGAUCGGCAGCCCGCCGCGCGGCAGUCUCAGGGCCGCGGCUUCGCCUCCGAGAAUUCGGAGACUCUCCAGACCCUCCCUCACAGCCUGAGGACGCCAUCGGCUUCGCUAGCAUCGCCAACUGCUGCGAUUCCAGCUGCCCUGUCAUAUUGGCCCACUGCGCCUUGCUAUUCCCCGC